CUUAAUUUUCUGUAUCCAGAGAUUUGAUAGUUUUGGUGAGAGUACAACAAUUAACUUAUUUACACUUCAUCAUACAUACACCUAUUCAUUUUUUUACUCAUGUCUCAUCUCAUUAGAAUCAGAAUCAAAUCAAGUUAAUCAUUAAAUUGUGAUCGGAAAUGUUGAUUACUUGAUAGUUAUCAUGAUUAACCAUUGGGCAUAAUGACAAUAGUUAAUUGUAACUUUUAAUUAUAUAAUUUCAUCUUAAAUUGGAUAAUUAAGCAUUGAAAUUGUUUUAAUUUCUUUCUGACCAUUUUACUUUAAUUGUCCGAGUUCAUUAAUUUUUACUUUGUUAUAAUUAAUUAAUUAGUAUAAUUUAUUAUUACUAUUAUUUACUUUUGUGUUUAAAUCAACUUGUUUUUCAUUUGUUAAUUAUUAUUUUUUUGCUUCAAUUUGAAUUGUCAACCUAAUCAACUUUGUGUUUUGUAUUGUGAUUGUUUUUUUAAUUACAAUUAUUAUUAUUGUUUUUUUUUGUUUCAUCACUUCAAUGACAUUGAAACUUUAAAAUUAUCCAACUAAAUCGGUCUAUGAUCAGCUGAUUAACUUUUGUAAUCAAAUUAUAAUUGUUUAUAUUAUUAAUUGUUAAUUGUGGUGUUACCAUAACUGGAACCAGUUAACACCCAAUUAAAAUCAUUGCAAAUGCUUCAAUUUAAAUUGUUUAUAUUAACAUGUGUAAUAACUGUUGUCUACUCGCAAUUAAACCCUCCUUUUAGCGAUACUAGAAAUGGCUCACAAGGAAGGUGCGCUGAGUGUGUGGCAGGUGGGGACAAAUGCCGAUGUGUGGGAGCAAAAGGAAGUCGGGGUUUACCGGGAAAUCAGGGAGACAAAGGAUCUAUAGGUGAACGCGGCUAUCCAGGAAAUUCUGGACCUCAAGGUGAUAAAGGAGAAAAGGGUGACCUUGGACCCGCUGGGACCAGAGGUAUUAAAGGUGAACCGGGUUUAACCGGAAUGCCUGGAUUUCCUGGUCGCGAUGGAGAAAAUGGACCACCAGGAUUUCCAGGACCAAAAGGAUUACAAGGACCAAAUGGAUGUAACGGGACCGAUGGUGUACCUGGACCACCUGGAGAAAUGGGAACUCCCGGACCGAGAGGAAUUCCUGGUCCAACAGGUGAUCCUGGUCCAAAGGGAGAUCCAGCUUAUGGCUUACCUGGGACGAAAGGUAUAAAGGGUGAACCUGGACGUGACGGUCGUCAAGGUGAUAAAGGAAGGGAAGGACCGGAAGGAAGACCAGGGCCUAAAGGUGAACUUGGACUUUUUGGACCACCAGGUCCAAAGGGAGAUCGAGGUUUACCUGGACCACAAGGUGAACGGGGUAUUUCAAUAAUUGGAUCAAUGGGACCACCGGGUGAAAAAGGAGAAAAAGGUUUACCUGGACCGGCCUGUGGUCGAGUUGAGGGUUUAAUCGGUGCACCAGAAGCUUAUGCUGGACCAAAAGGAGAAAAAGGGGAUAAAGGUCAAAAGGGAACUCCUGGUGAAAAAGGAGAUAUCGGUCCUGAAGGACGACCGGGUUUCCCUGGUGCUGCUGGAGUGACCGGAAGUAAGGGAGACAAAGGAUCAAUGGGUCUUCAAGGUCCACCGGGCAAAGUUGGUUAUCCAGGUCCGAUUGGUGUUCCUGGACACAAAGGUGACAUGGGUAUUCCUGGCUUACAUGGAUUAGAGGGAUUGAUUGGAGAUAGAGGUCCGAAGGGAGACCGAGGAUUAACUGGACCGCCAGGUAGUAUCGGAGCUCCUGGUGCUCCUGGUGGUAUUGAAGGAAGGGCUGGACCAGUGGGUGACCCUGGACCACAAGGUCCUCCCGGUCCUCCUGGAUCGCCUGGUAUGGAUGGGUUAAGAGGAUCUUUAGGUCUUAAAGGGUUACCCGGGCCUCAAGGAGGACCAGGAUUACCAGGACCUGCGGGUAGCCCAGGAACUCCCGGCCAAAAAGGUCAAAAAGGUACUCAAGGAGUUGAUGGGCAAGCUGGAAGAAAGGGAGAAAGGGGAGUUGAAGGUCCUCCAGGGCAGAAGGGAGAACUUGGACCGAAAGGUGAUGCUGGAAGAUCGAUCAUGGGCCCACCAGGUAAGGAUGGAACUGAUGGAGUCCCAGGACUACCUGGUAGUAGAGGAGAUAAAGGAUCGAAGGGAGAAAGAGGUACCCCAGGAGACGCACUUGAAGGCACUCCAGGCCCACCAGGUCCAGUCGGCCCAAAAGGUGAUAAAGGAUUCGCAGGAACACCCGGUAAACCCGGAAGAGAUGGCGAAAGAGGAGACAAGGGAGAUUCUGGAAACUUGUGUCCAACCUGUUAUCCAGGCUCGAAAGGGGAAAAGGGAGAGAUAGGGCCAGCAGGUGACCCCGGAAUUCCAGGUCGAGAUGGAAUCGAAGGCAAAACUGGAGAGGCUGGACUACCUGGCGAACCAGGUCCGAUAGGCAUUCCAGGCUCUCCUGGAUUAGAAGGAGACGCUGGUAUACCCGGUAGAGACGGCGAAAAGGGAGAUAAAGGUGAGCCACUUAAGAUAGAAGCCGCUGACAUCCCGAUUGGGCCUAAAGGAGAGAUCGGUCCACGCGGAUUGCCAGGAAGAGAUGGUAGAGAUGGUGAACCUGGUAAAGAUGGAACUCCAGGAUCAAUAGGAAGCCAGGGAUUCAAAGGUGAUAAAGGUCUACCUGGCUUUCCAGGUUUCCAGGGUCCUCAAGGUUUUCCAGGUACAAUGGGUGAAAAAGGUGAUCGAGGAGAAAGAGGAGUUCCCGGUGAAAAAGGUGACAAAGGUAAUCGAGGACCCGAAGGCCAAAAGGGUGGAACUGGACUCAAAGGUGAACCUGGUAAAUAUCCCACUGCUGAAGAUCUGAAGCAAAUGCCUCCUGGCCCACCAGGUGAAAAGGGCAACAAAGGAGAUAAAGGAGAUGAUGGUUUGCCCGGAAGAGCCGGAAGAGAAGGAAUCAAGGGAGAUGUCGGACUUCAAGGAUUAACUGGGUCGCCCGGCCUUGAUGGAGUUCCAGGCGACGUUGGUGGACAAGGACCACCGGGUGCUAGAGGUGACAAAGGAGAGCCAGGUCUACAAGGAUUGCAGGGAGUACCUGGUUACAAAGGUGAUAGAGGAAUCCCUGGUGAAAAUGGACCGAUUGGACCUAAAGGUGAACCCGGAGAACCAGGAUACGGAAUUCCUGGUGCACAAGGAUUUAUUGGUUUGCAAGGGGUAAAAGGAGAUAAAGGUUUUCCUGGAUUACCAGGAAUUGAUGGACCUCCUGGACCGAUGGGUUAUCCUGGUGAAAAGGGCGAUUUCGGCAACCCUGGACCUAUGGGCCCUCCAGGAUUUACUGGAGAUAAAGGAGAAUUCGGACUAUCAGGAAUUCCAGGAGAAAACGGAAGACCUGGUACACCUGGAGACAAGGGCGAUCGAGGACCAAAAGGAGACCUCGGUCCACCAGGUUCGAUGGGCUAUGCUGGUAUAAAAGGAUCAAAGGGUGAUAAAGGUUUUCCUGGAAUAGACGGAAAAGAUGGACCACCAGGUUUCCCAGGAGCUGAUGGUAUCAAUGGAAAUAAUGGAACUGAUGGCCAGCCUGGAGAAAAAGGAGAAAAAGGUGCUUACGGUUAUUCUGGACUCCCAGGACUUCCAGGUCCGGGUGGUUUACCUGGUCCUCCCGGAAUGAAAGGGAUUCAAGGUUCACCAGGACAGAAGGGAGAUAUUGGUUAUCCUGGAACACGAGGUCCAAAAGGUGAUCCUGGACUCGAGGGGUUGCCAGGAGAUAAAGGAAAUAUCGGACCUCAAGGCUUUCCUGGUCCACAAGGGCCAAUGGGUCCGAUAGGUGAUAAAGGAGAUAAAGGAGAUAUUGGACCUCGUGGUAUUGGUUUUCCAGGGGAAAUGGGUGAACCAGGUAAACCAGGAAGGCCAGGUGAGCCAGGGCGUGAUGGUGCACCGGGAUUGAAAGGAUUAAGCGGGUUGCCUGGAAUGCCAGGAUUAAAAGGAGACAAAGGAUGGCCUGGUCCCGCUGGCUUGACUGGAUCUCCCGGUCCUAACGGUCCACCCGGUAUAACGGGCUCUCCAGGUUUUGAUGGUCCUCAAGGAAAAAUAGGACCAAGAGGUGAGCCAGGAGAACCCGGUGGAAUGGGUUACCCUGGAAUGAAGGGUAAUCCGGGAGCCGAAGGCUUAAUAGGGCCAAUGGGCCCACCAGGAGACAAAGGAGAUCAAGGUCCACCCGGUGAGAUCGUUUAUGUCUCAAAACAAGGUUAUAAUGGCUUGCCUGGAUUUCCUGGACAAAAAGGUGAUCCGGGAUCGGAUGGAUUACCUGGACUAAAGGGAAAUAAAGGUGAGCCAGGUCGAGAUGGUCUCGAUGGGAAUAAUGGUCGUGAUGGACCUCCCGGUAAAAAAGGAGAUGUAGGGCCAAUGGGAAUGCCCGGUGCUCCUGGAAUUCCUGGUUUCGCUUCUAGAGGUGAUAAAGGUGAUCCUGGGGCUACAGGGGAAAGAGGAUUCCCUGGUGUACCCGGAAAACCUGGAAUUUCUGGAUUGCCAGGGAUUAAAGGUGACGAAGGCUACCCUGGAGUGAAAGGCGACAAAGGAGAUAAAGGAUUACAGGGUAAUCCAGGAUUUGGCGGAAUGCCUGGCUUACCGGGGCCGAAGGGGCCUAAAGGAGAACCAGGGUUCCCUGGACCGCAAGGUGAUAAAGGAAUUGAUGGAUUACCAGGUAUUCCUGGAUUAAAGGGUUUAGCGGGCUUGCAAGGUCCGCCUGGACCUCGAGGCCCUUAUGGGGAUAAGGGAGACAAAGGUGAUCUUGGACCACAAGGUCCUCCUGGUGAUUUUAUUUUAUCUGACUCAUUGAAAGGAGAUAAAGGAUCACCCGGAGAACCAGGAGAAAGCGGACCUAGAGGAUUGCUAGGGUCCAAGGGAUUGCAAGGACUGCCAGGAUUCCCAGGACAAAAAGGGGCGCGUGGACUGCCAGGUCCACCAGGACUUCCAGGAUCACCAGGAAAUCCAGGUGAUAAGGGAAUGAGAGGACCACCCGGUAUAGAUGGAGAAAGAGGUCAACCAGGUUAUCCUGGUCAGACAGGUUCUCCUGGACCAGUUGGUCGACCUGGAUCAGAUUAUUUAACGGGAAUUUUACUUGUUCGUCAUUCUCAAGACGUUAAUCCACCUCAAUGUCCAAACAAUAUGGAAAAACUUUGGGAUGGUUACAGUUUACUCUAUAUUGAAGGAAAUGAACGAGCUCAUGGUCAAGAUCUUGGUUUUGCAGGGUCUUGUUUGCGGCGAUUUAGUACAAUGCCUUUCCUUUUCUGUGACAUUAAUGAGGCCUGUUCAUAUGCUUCACGAAACGAUAAAUCUUAUUGGCUGUCGACCAAUGAUCCCAUUCCUUCGAAAGCCGUUCAAGAGGAUGAAAUUCGUAAACAUGUAAGUCGCUGUUCUGUCUGUGAAUCACCAGCCAACGUUAUGGCCGUUCAUUCCCAGGCCGAUUAUUAUCCCGAAUGUCCAACGGGCUGGAGUCAACUUUGGAUAGGAUAUUCAUUUGCCAUGCACACCGCGUCCGGUGCAGAGGGAGGUGGACAAUCCCUUGCAUCCCCUGGAAGUUGCCUUGAAAAUUUCCGAAGUGCACCAUUUAUUGAGUGUCAAGGUGCCAGAGGCUUUUGUGCCGUUUUUUCUAAUAAAUUGUCUUUCUGGUUAGCGAUAAUCGGUGAGGACUCACAGUUUGAGAAACCACAAGGAAAAACAUUCAAGCAAAGUCAACUUCGAGACAAGAUCAGUCGAUGUGCCGUUUGUCUUAGGGAUAUACCCAAUUGAUUAACGUUAUUUAAAUUAAUCAAAAAACGCAAAACAUUACAUAAUAUAAAUAAAACUUAUAAAUACUAUCAAAUGAACAGUCGAUAAAUUGCUAAAUGUUUAUAAAUACGAUUUGAUUAAACUGGAGAGACCAAAAAGUUUUAAAAUAAUUGUAAGCGAUAUACUCACAAUGUAAUUACAACUAUUAAGCCCUGUUAAUUUAAUUGAUAAUUAGUUGGAAGCUUGUAAACUCCUUGUUGACCGUUUACCUUUUCUGAUCCUAUGACCCUCUUUCCAGCGAUAAUCAUUUUUUAAAGUAAAAACAAAAUAUAAUUUAAUUGA